UAGACCUGUCAACUGAAUGGAACUGUGUGUGUGAUUGUGAUUGUGUCUGAUAUUUCAAAAUGUGAUUUUUGUGUUCUCGGCUAUUUAGCAAAUCUAUAUUCGAACGAUCAAAAUGCAUUUGUUUUUGUAAUCAUAACAUUCUAAAGUACUCAAAGAUUUGAAAAAGAUCCUACGUUUAAUUUAAACAAAUUUAGUUUUACACAAAUUCAGUUAACUCUUAAGGCUAGGUUAUUUUAAAAUUGAACUUUUAAAAUGCGUGUAUUACAAAUUAAAAGAACCAGACUCUACAAAUUAAUAGCAGCAAUAUGCAUUAUUUUACCCAUAGUUUAUUUAUUAGCAAGCAGUUCCUUAAAACCAUCUAAAGUUUGGAAAGAAGAACCAGGAAGAGGGCACAUGAGAACAGUAAGAGGGUCGCCAGUUUAUGUAAAAGACGGCCCUGGUAACUUUGAACCCAAGUCAGUAGAGAAGAGGUCUGGACCUGGGGAGGGAGGGAAGAAGCACGAGCUUAAACCUGAACAAGAAAACGAAGCUUCACAAGCUCUGAGCGAGUAUGGCAUGAACAUGGCGUGUUCCAACGAGAUAAGUCUAGAUAGGUCAAUUCCAGACCUCCGCCUUGAAGAAUGUAAACAUUGGAACUACCCAGAAGACUUGCCAAGGACGAGUGUUAUAAUCGUGUUCCACAAUGAAGGAUGGAGUACGCUGAUGCGAACGGUCCAUUCAGUGAUCAACAGAACACCACCACAGUUCCUAGAGGAAGUUCUUCUUGUUGACGACUAUAGCAAUAAAGCUCACUUGAAGGAUCAGCUGCAAGAUUACAUCGAGCAGUUCAACGGCAAAGUUAGGCUGAUAAGGAACAAAGAACGAGAAGGGUUGAUAAGAACAAGGUCGCGGGGAGCGAAGGAGGCACGAGGAGAGAUCAUAUUGUUCCUGGACGCUCACUGCGAGGUCGGCUACAACUGGCUCCCACCCUUGGUUGCUCCUAUAUACAAAGACAGAACAGUGAUGACGGUGCCAGUGAUAGAUGGGAUCGACCACAGCCAUUUUGAGUACCACGCCGUGUAUCAAGAUGGCCAUCAUUUCAGAGGCAUCUUUGAGUGGGGAAUGUUGUACAAGGAGAACGAACUUCCACAGAAAGAAGCGGACACUCGAGAGUACAACAGCGAACCUUACAAAUCGCCCACUCAUGCUGGAGGCCUAUUUGCCAUAGAUCGAGCUUACUUUUUGGAAAUUGGAGCAUAUGACCCUGGUUUGCUCGUUUGGGGAGGUGAAAAUUUUGAGCUUUCCUUUAAGAUCUGGCAGUGCGGAGGCAGUAUUCUGUGGGUGCCAUGCUCCCGCGUUGGCCACGUCUACCGAAGCUUUAUGCCUUACAACUUUGGUAAUCUCGCCAAGAAGAAGAAGGGUCCCCUCAUUACUAUUAACUACAAACGGGUGAUAGAGACAUGGUUUGAUGAGAAGCACAAGGAGUUCUUCUACACUCGGGAGCCUCUCGCUAGGUUCCUGGACAUGGGUGACAUCUCUGAACAGGUGGCUCUGAAGGAGCGACUCCAGUGCAAGAAUUUCCAGUGGUUCAUGGACAACGUCGCUUACGAUGUUUACGACAAGUUCCCAGAGCUGCCUCCUAAUCUGCAUUGGGGAGAGCUUCGCAACGUGGCUGGUCAGUCGUGUAUGGACACCAUGGGCCAUGGUCCUCCAACACUUAUGGGAACGUCUCACUGCCAUGGCUUCGGAAACAAUCAGAUUUCUGAUGAAGACUAUGCAGAUGAAAUGUUGGUAAGACUGAACGCCAAGGGACAGCUGGCCAUUGGUGAGAGGUGUAUUGAUGCUGACUCUCAAGGAAUCAAACUUGUCUUCUGCAAGUUGGGCACUGUCAAUGGUCCAUGGGAAUAUGAUGAGGAGUCUCACACACUGCUCCACCAUGUUCACAAGAAGUGUGCCGGACUUCACCCCCAGACUCAUCAUCUGGCCUUGAUGCCGUGUGAUCCGGUCAACACGUAUCAACAAUGGGUGUUCAACGAGAUCCACCCCAACUGGUCAUGACGUGUCUAAACACGUCGCCAGCCAAUCCCACCUUUGCCUCACGAGCAACGAAUACUAGGAUAAUCAAAACUUAUUGUCAUACGAUUCAAUCUCUCUUUGUUUCAAUGUGUUCGUUACUUUUCCUUAUUUUCUCGAGUCUGUCUACUUAAUGCUCAAACUGCGGUUGUAGAAGAAAUUGAAAAUUUGUUAGAAAGAUUAGGACUCGCUCAAAUUUUUUUGUUAUUGUUUAUGAUAUAUUUUAUAAAGUUGUUAGUCAUUGAAUUAAAAUGAACAUUUUUGUUGCUUCUGCGUAUAACUAUUUUAACGUUGAUUGCUAUUGUAUUUGCAAAAUAUUUACAAAUGAAUCAUUUUCAGUAUUGUUGUGUCAAGCAUUUUAAAUUUAAGUAGCAAUUUCUGUUUUAGGAAAAUGUAAAUAUGAUAUAAAGGCCUUUUAGCGUACAAAAAAUACAAAUUAGUAUUAAACACUGUAGAAAUUAUGAACAAAAAGACAAGCAGUAGGAUUGAAGGCUCAAACACUAAACAGUAUAUUAGUUUAUUAACUUUAUAAGCCUAUGAUAUGAGUUUUUCAUGAUCAAACAUGCAAACAAAUUUUUAAUCCUCAACAAUGUAAUUACCAACACUAAAAUCUAUGUCUAAGAGUUUUUAUGUGCGGUGUUGCUUGAGUGGGUUGAUGUUGAUUAAUUGUUGCUCUGUUAUUUAAGAGCAAAUUUUCCAUUAUAACUCUUUACUUAUAACGCCUUAACUCUUUAAUUAUAAUAUCAGAGAUCAAGACAUUGUUCACAAAUAUAUCAAGCUACUUAGCUUAGUCAUAAUCAUUUUAAAGCAAGCAAAAUAAAAAAAGUAUAAAUAAAGAGAAAACUUCAACACACUCACGUAUCACUAUGAAGGAUCACCUCCAAAUUCUCGUCAUGUGAUCUAUAAGGAUGAUACAAACAUUUAGAUUGUAUGUUUAAUCUGUUCCUUAACACGUUCGCUGCGGGCUACUAUAAUUGUAGUACCUAAGCACUAGCAAUGUACUACUAUACUCCUCUCACUAACAUUGCCUUGAUGUGACCCCAGAAGUUGGCGAGAAACCUUGUUAUUGUCGCCAUGUUUAAUGCUAGUUUCUUGUGUCAUUUUUGUGCAAUUAUUUUUCGGAUUGGUCAUUUUUGUAUCAUACUGUUUCAGUGCUCUUUGCAUAGUAUAGGGUUUUGGCUUAGAUUUAGUGACAUGGCUGACGAUAACGAUUAUGAUUUUGGAAGGGACCUAACCUCCAAAUUGUGCUUAAUGUUUUUUUGUGAUAUUUUUAUGGGUAAUUUUAGUUUAAUUUGUCCUUGCUUUUGACCCUCUAUUUUGCAAUACUGAGGGCCUGUAAACACUUUUGUUUAGUGCUGCUAUCUGUUGGUUUCUAGUAAAACUACGUCUACAACGACUGGAACACAGUACAUGCUAUAAUAUGCCUUUCCUAUUGGAUUAAACUAAAUGUAAACAUUUUCAUACACUCAUACACGCAGCACAUUAUCUGGUCCCGCGCACGGCCGCGGCCUGUCAUCACGAAACCUCAGCGAACGUGUUAAACCAUGCAAUUUAUACUUUUAUUAUCAUAACAACUACAUUAUAGUGACAUGGAUUGUUGGAUUAUAUUAAUAGAACUGUACUCAUUUGUUUUUUUACCAAAAUUUAUAAUUGAACAAAUUUUUUAACAUAAUGCGGUUUUGCCAUCUAUAUUAUUUUCUAGUUUGCACAAGAAUUUAUUAUAAGUUUAAAAUUUUUUUACUUUUGUCCAACUAACACUGUAAUAUGGUUUUUAAAAUUCCAUUUCUAGGAAAAAAUUUUUAAUUAAGUUUUUUUAUUGGAUUAAAUUUCUAACGUUGUAACUUAUGAAACUUUUGACACAAACUCAUGUUGUGUGAAUAAUUGUACUAAUUUAAACACAUUAUUAUGUACAUUUACAUUUAAAAAUCCCUCGGUUUAAAUGUAUUCUUAAAUUUGACUUUUGUAUAUCUCUUACCAAUAAUGUAAGUAAAUUAGGAUAUUGUUUUAAUGGUGCACUGAUAAUAUAGGUUUUUUUUCAUUUAUAGAUUCCAGUUAAUAUAAAACCUGUGAUUAAGUGAAUAUACUAGCAUAAAAGCUAUGUAAAUAUAAUAAUUAUUAAAUAAAUAUUUUUCUAUUCCUA